GAUGCUGCAGAGUUUCGCGACGAUCCAAAGACUUCGAGUCGCGUCACGAGCGUGCGGCAGAAGAACCAGCUGAGGAUGUCGGAGCAAAACGGACCCAGCGAGGGUCCAGGACCAGGCCCGGGGCCGGGUCCUGGUUGGUGGCCAACUUCCUCGCAGUCCUGGAAGACAAACUCCUGCUCCGCCUCCUCGUCCGCCAGUUCUACGGGGAAAAAUGUUUCUGUCACAACAAUCAACGUUCCCCCUAAUCAGGAUAUACACGACAGUGAAAGCACAAAAUAUCUUGCUGGGCAAAAUGGCGUGACGGUAUCCGUAGUUUCGAACUGUGCCUCUGUUCCGGUGAAUGUACUGAACCAAAAUGCCGCCGAUGAAGAUGCGGAGGACAGUGACGUCGAGAUAAGCAAAAUCGACUUCCGAGGAGUAAAUUUGCGCACGAAGAAGAAACGAGAUGAUGGAAGCGGUUGCUACGAUGGGAACGACGUGUCCCAGCAACAACCUGAAAGACCCAUGUCAUGGGAAGGAGAACUAUCCGACCAAGAAAUGUCUUCCAAUACAAUUACGAAUCAAGAUACACACGAGGACACAUCAAUGGAGGGCGUCCAAGUAUGUGGCGCGAGUCCUGGGCCCAUGGAACAGAAAUUUCCCAUAAAACCAGAACCUGAUUUCCGAUCCAGCCCGGGGUUUGCAUUCGGUUCUUUCCACGACGCAGGAUUACCCAUGGCUCAUGGCCAGCAGAUGCAACAACAGCAACAGCAGCAACAACGUAACAUCGAGAAUCUUGAACAGACGCAGCAGAAUGAUUUGCCCCUUCUCGUAGGAAAACUACUCGGUGGUGGUUACAAUAGUUCAACUCCAAAUCACAGUCCAGUGUUAAAUCCAAGACAUCAUUUGACUAAACAUAGCCACACAAGAUCACAGGUGCCGUCACCGGACUCUGCAAUUCACUCCGCAUACAGUGUAUUUAGUUCACCGACGCAGAGUCCCCAUGCAGCUCGUCACUCUGCUCUAGGAGCAGGAAGUCCAGUUCCGUCUUCGUCGUUAUCCCUUUCGCGACAUAGCUUCAACAAUUCCACUUCUUCGUUAUCAUUAUCAUUGUCACAUUCACUCUCGAGGAAUAAUUCUGACGCCUCGAGUAGCUGCUACAGCUACGGUUCUCUCAGUCCACCCACGCACUCACCCGUCCAGCAACCUAGACAUCCGCAGCAUCAUCAGCAUCAGGUGGCUCAGGGAAGUCCUCUCCAUCUACCUGCAACGGCUUCGCCUGCCAUUGCUCAUCAUUAUUCUUCCUCUGCGCCGGGUUCUGAGCUGUCUGCCGAAGGACACGUUGCUACUGACGAUCAGGAAGACUGUCGUAUACCAUCAGCGCCAUCCGGCAUUUCUACCAGACAGCAACUGAUCAAUAGUCCGUGUCCAAUUUGCGGAGACAAGAUCAGCGGUUUUCAUUACGGUAUUUUCUCCUGCGAGUCGUGCAAAGGAUUCUUCAAACGCACCGUCCAAAAUCGGAAAAACUAUGUGUGCCUUAGAGGCGCGGGCUGCCCGGUUACUGUAGCUACCAGGAAAAAGUGCCCCGCCUGUCGCUUUGACAAGUGCCUCAAUAUGGGUAUGAAGCUCGAGGCGAUUAGAGAGGAUCGCACCAGAGGUGGAAGAAGUACCUACCAAUGUACGUACACCCUUCCAGCAAGUCUCGUUGGUAGUCCUGCAAACAGUAUGGCCAGCGACAAGUUAGCCACAGGGGGAAAUUGUAGCCCAGCUCCGCCUGGUAGCGAAUAUUACUAUCCUGCUAGGCAUCAUUCGAAUCAUUCGCAUAAAAUGCAGGUGGUGCCGCAACUUCUACAAGAUAUCAUGGACGUGGAACACUUAUGGCAUUACAACGAUAACGAUCGUAUGUCCGGGAUUCAGGCUGGAGCAACAAAUGCUACGCGAAACAACGAUACAAUGUUAUUAGGAGUUGGAAACGGAGGAGGACCCGGAAUAGGAAACGACACAGGUUCGGUAGUUGAAUGUCCUACUAAUGGAACCGCAGGAAACGGAAAUCCUACCAGUAGAAGAGACGACAGGUCGUGCUCUAACGUAUCUGCUGUCGGUAACGAACAACGAGCUACGCCUAUUAAUAGUAAUUCUCAAAUGGGUAACAAUUCAAAUGGCAACUCGACCCAGCAUCCUGAUUUUCUGUCAAACCUUUGUAACAUCGCUGACCAUCGCCUCUACAAAAUAGUGAAAUGGUGCAAGAGUUUGCCGUUGUUUAAGAACAUUUCGAUCGACGAUCAAAUCUGCCUGUUAAUCAAUUCCUGGUGCGAGUUACUGCUCUUCUCGUGCUGUUUUCGCAGCAUGAGCACUCCCGGUGAAAUCAGAGUAUCUCUCGGCAAGUCGAUCACAUUGGAACAAGCUAGACAGCUUGGUUUAGCGACCUGCAUCGAGAGGAUGCUCGCAUUUACUAACAAUCUGAGAAGGCUCCGAGUAGAUCAGUACGAAUACGUGGCGAUGAAGGUAAUAGUCCUGCUGACUUCUGACACAAGUGAAUUGAAGGAACCUGAAAAAGUUCGAGCAUCUCAGGAAAAAGCUUUACAAGCAUUACAACAGUAUACCAUAGCAAGGUACCCAGAGAUGCCUGCCAAAUUUGGUGAAUUACUAUUGAGAAUUCCAGAUUUACAAAGAACAUGCCAGGCAGGAAAAGAAUUGCUAAGUGCAAAACGCGCCGAGGGGGAAGGUAGUUCGUUUAAUUUGUUGAUGGAAUUAUUGAGAGGAGAUCAUUGAAUUAUUACCACAGUGAAUUAUGCCAUUCCACGCUUAUAGGAUCCAUAAGCUUAGGGAAUUGGAUAUAUUAGAUAAUCAAGAAGCAGCAAAACUAGAAUGAAAACCAUAAACAUUACAGUCCAUGAUACAUUAGUUCUGGGUGAAGGGACUACAUUGUUAUAGAACUAAUUAGAGGUUGACUGCUUGAUGCAUAAAGCGGAUGAGAAAUGACUUUUUUUUCUUCCUUUUUUUUCUUUUAAAUUAAAAUGCUUCCAUGGGGGUGUUGCGUAAUAAUACGAGCUCACCUUGAAACACACGAAUUUCGAAGCGGCCUAUGGUAUGCUCGAAAUGUUCAGCAUGCAUAUCUCUAUGCAAAAGAGACUGAAAGUAUAACUGAAGGAGAGAUGCAGAGCAUUUACGUUUACAAUAAUUUUGAUGUACAGAGAUAGAAAGAUUGAGAGAGAGGGAGAGA